AUGAAUGGUAGACUGAAACGAAUAUUAGAACAAGCACAAGUUCCUCCGGUUCACAAAAGAUACGUCCGGAGGGCGUUUGAAUCCGAGUUUGAGGAAGUUGUGGAUAAAUUCUUGGAAGCCGCGGAGAAUGGUGAGUAUUUCUGAGGUUGUUGAGGUUUAGAGAGACGAGAAAAAAUGAUGGUGGAGUGCCGUUCCAACAAGAGAUCAACUUUUCCGCAGGCAAUUCGCAAAAAUUUUGCCAAUUUUUCUCUGACCGCCCUCGACAUUUUGCAUACUCUCUCGUCAGCAAAUAUUUCCCUGAUAAGGACCUUUUUCAGACAAAGCUGCUCUCUCAAUCACCGGUUUGACUGGAACGGGCAAGUCCGCAUUAAUCCGGAAUCUUCUUUGGCACCGCUCAGAUAUCGUGGGGCACCAUUUCAAGCGGAUUUUGUUCAUCUCCGAUGAAAAUACGGACCUUCGGAAGGUCCCAAAUCUUAUAACAAAUGCGUUGUUCAGUUUAUGGAAGGAAAUUCCAGACGAAAAAACCUUGGAAUUAUUCCAGAAUGGGCCUGAACUUUUGUUGAGACGAGUCAUUGAUGAGCUGCAAAAAGUUUUGAUCAUUUUGGAUGGGGUUUAUCUGGAAGAAGUCGUGAAUUUUUUCAAGGAUUUGAGGGUGAGUUAAAAUUUGAAAAAAAACGUAUUAUUCGAGUCUUAUAUAGUAAAUUUUUUUCGAGGAAUGGUAAAAACAAAAUUUUGAAAGCUUUUCGAAAUCCAAUUCCUAGGAUUUUUAGUUCAAAAAUUUUUGAAAAAAUUUUAAUUUUUUGCCUGUUUGAAAUUGGAAUAAUUUUUCGCGAGAAAAAGUAGCAAAUCAAUUUGCUGACAAAAAAUCCGCAAAGAAAAUUGCAACCCCGAUUUUUCUCUGACCAAUCUCCGCAUUUCGCAUACUCUCUUGUUGAAAUCUCUGCAGAUUGUUGAAAUGUUCCCCUGGCGGCUCUCCCUGCAAAUCGCAAGCUAAACUUUUCAGGAAUUGAUUUUUACCUUAUUUAUAGAGCGCAUGCAAAAUUUCAAAAAAAUCGAAAUCUUGGACUUGGUACCUCUCUUGCUUGUAGAGCCAUUUCCCACCCUUUCUGCCCCAAAUACUCUUAUCAGCAUCUAUAUUUUUAGUGUUCGCUAAUUAUCACAACGAAUCGCCGAGACCUUACCAAUCAUAUCGACAAUAUUUUCACAUAUCAUAUUACACUGGAACAUACGAAUAUUGAUGAUUUAACAAAUUUAUCGACAGCUUAUGGACUCACUAAUAUUUCGAGGCAUUAUGCAAAUGUGUUAUUGAAAAUUACCGGAGGGAAUUUUGGGUUAUUGGAGAAACUUUUUACCGCUGCGAAGGGUAGCAAUGAACGGUAAGCCUGAGUUAUCAUUGUUAUGCAGAUUUCUCGAAGUUGAACGGGCCUAUUUUCUUAAAAUUUUGCACACGUGUUGUGUUUGAGUCAUAUAGCAAUUCCUCAAAAUUUUAACCCAAGCGUUAUAAGGGCAGUCGAGAUUUUCAACGAAAUUUAUUGACGAGAGAUUACGAAAGAUGAGGAGAGCGGCUAGAGAAAAUUUAUUUUUUUUGGCCGAAACUCUAGCUAUCUAAAAGUAAAUAAUUUUUUUGUAGAAAUUUUUUAAUGGUACUGUAAAUUUUUCAAAUAAAAAAAUAACUUUUCGCCAAAAUUUCAUAUUUUUUAAAAUUUUUUAUUUUAGCCUAAAAUUCCUCGUUGAUCAGCUCCGAAUCGGGAUCUCAACUGAACUCGACUGCAUUUCCUAUUACUCCCAUCGAUCUCUCUACACCCCCAUUGAUCUCACAUCAUCAUUUUUACGGCCCAAUGUGGCCAAUCAAGUCGUUUCCUUGGCCCUGUUACAGAUGGGAGUUUGGCUUCGGAUCGAAAUUUUGGCCAAGUUAUGGUCGGUGGACUUGGUGGAUAGCAAUAGAAAUUUCAUAUGUCAAAUGAUCAGCGCGGAAAUGUCACAUCUGGCGGAAUUCAGCUUGCUGGACAACUCUUUGGAUGAUAACGAAAUUAGGGUACCCCCGCUGUUCAGACACUAUUUAUUGGCAAAAACUGGAACUGCUCAGCUUACGGUGAGUUGAUACGUUGAAUUUAUUGGCAAGAUGACCAUGGUGUAACAGUAAAAAAUGCGAAAUAAACAAAAAAAAUUUUGCAAAAAAUUGUGAAAAGGGGGGACCAAGGCAAAUUUCUUCAUCCAAUUAUUUUCCCUAAUAUUUUCGAUUUUUUUUUGAUGGCAAACUGAGAUUUACACCACAUUUAUUUUCAUCAAAAAAAAUUUCAGACCUACAACAAAUUUAUUCAUCGGCUUCGGACCGAUAAAACCGAAUCCAAGCCCUACUCCGACGACUAUCUUUUGAGUCAGCUGGUUGAUCCGAUUAAAAUUGAAGCCGCGUUGAAGAGAAGUUGCCGGCGACCUUCCGAGCUCGUUGCCAAAACCUCAAUCCUUGAUUAUGUCUAUGAGAUUUUUAAUCAUUUAUUUCGAAGGUAA